AAAAAUCAGGUUAUAUAUAUAUUGUGUGUAUAUAUAUAGAGAGAAAAAUUAGAGGGGGAGGGCUGUACUUUGUGUUUGAUUUCUCAGAGCUCUGGUGUAAUCGACUCGAGUCUCUGUCUGGCGAGCCUGGUUUAGCCUCCAAGAUCUCAAGAGGUAGGUAGAGUUGAGAUCGGGAAGCUUUAAAACGGAUUAAAAAUGGCGGCUGCGCCCACUAGAGCUCGAGCGGAUUAUGAUUACCUCAUCAAGCUUCUUCUCAUCGGAGACAGCGGGGUUGGAAAGAGUUGCCUGCUAUUACGUUUCUCAGAUGAUUCAUUUACAACAAGUUUCAUUACCACAAUUGGGAUUGAUUUUAAGAUUAGAACCAUUGAGCUUGACGGGAAGCGCAUCAAACUGCAAAUAUGGGAUACUGCUGGCCAAGAACGUUUCCGGACAAUUACAACAGCUUAUUACAGGGGAGCCAUGGGUAUACUGCUGGUUUAUGACGUCACUGAUGAGUCGUCCUUCAACAACAUCAAAAAUUGGAUUCGGAACAUAGAGCAACAUGCCUCUGAUAAUGUCAACAAGAUACUAGUGGGUAACAAAGCUGACAUGGAUGAGAGCAAAAGGGCUGUGCCAACAUCUCGGGGUCAGGCACUGGCUGAUGAAUAUGGUAUCAAAUUUUUUGAGACGAGUGCCAAAACAAAUUUCAACGUGGAGCAGGUCUUCUUUUCUAUUGCUCGAGACAUAAAGCAAAGACUCACUGAUAGCGACUCUAAACCAGAGCCUCCAACCAUCAAAAUCAGUAAACCUGAUCCAGGCAAGGGUCCAACUGCUGCUCCCGAGAAAUCAGCAUGCUGUGGUACUUGAGUUUUAGCACAUGAACAAGGUUUUUACCAUAUUUCCCUUGCGCCUGUGAAGUCAUACAGUUCAGUGAAGUUGCUUCCCGUUCAUUCUGGGAAAUUGAAAGCCCUCGUACUCUUCUUGUUAUAAAACCAAGGUGUUAGCCCUUCCUCAAUCUACAGGGAAGACAUUUUGAAUGAUUUAUAAUAUUUUAGCAUACCUGCGUAUGCAGACUGCAUAGAUAUUUACAUAUGGAUGUUUGCUUCUCUUAUUACCUUCAGAGCACAUAUCAAGAUUAAUGUAACUUCAUUUAUCAAGUUCUCUGUACAAACUAAUUCUGGUUAAAUGUUGUUAUCUUGAUAAUGCAUUCUCUUUGUUAUUCCA